GCCGUUGGCUCAGUGCAUACAGAAGAAAAUCCGUUGUUGUGGGGAGGAAGAAAGGCACAAGGCGUUCGAGGGACGUUUAACAUUCAAAGUGCGGCUGUUGAACCCCAGUUUUGCGGGUCGUUGUUUCUUCUACUUGUUUUGUUCGCUGUUGUUAUUUUGCUAACAUGGCUUGUGGAGCGACGUUAAAGCGGUCGAUGGAGUUUGAGGCCCUCCUCAGUCCCCAGUCUCCCAAGCGGAGAAGGUGCAAUCCACUACCGGGGACUCCUGGCACUCCGUCCCCGCAAAGAUGCAACCUCCGUCCCCCGGUCGACAGCCCAACGCACCCGAUGUCGCCUACAGCCGUAGGAGGCGAGCAUAGGCUUACCCCAGAGCAGAUAUUCCAGAACCUUCGACAGGAGUACAGUCGGAUCCAGAGGCGGCGGCAGCUGGAAGGGGCCUUCAACCAGACUGAGGCCUGUAGCUCCAGUGACGCUCCCAGCCCCAGCUCAUCCCUUCAUGCUCCCAGCUCCCCACCAGGUGCCUCAAGGAAGGACCAGCCCUCGUUCACAUUGAGGCAGGUGAGCUACCUGUGUGAGCGCCUGCUCAAAGACCAUGAAGAGAAGAUCCGGGAGGAAUAUGAACAGAUCCUUAACACAAAACUUGCAGAACAAUAUGAAUCUUUUGUGAAAUUCACACAAGACCAGAUCAUGCGAAGAUACGGAGCCCGGCCUGCUAGUUACGUCUCUUGAACUCACUUGGAUUUAAAUCCCAGCUUCCUCACACAAGAUAGCUGCUCUUCCACUGCCCCCUUCCACUCGAUUUUCUUUUUAUUUCCCUUUUUUAACCCCUCAAACUGUUUGGGUGCCAUGGUUUAUCUACUUUUUAAUCCAAAAGGUUUUUUUUUAACUUCAAAACUAUUGCUGCUGGCCAAACGUCAGAAUCCUGAAAGAUAAACUAUGUAUGAAGCCUAUCCCUUUUUGCCCCUUUUUUUCUUGUUUAUAUUCUCCGUCUUGAAAUCCCUAUAAAAGCAGGUCUGUGUCAAAUCUCUUGCCAGCGCUGUAGAGAAAGCUUAUUGGCUCAUAUGAUCAUUCUGUAACCUUCCAGCAGCUGUAUUUAAUGUCUCUAGCUUCCCACGUUGACCCGCAUUUCUUGUCCACCACCCUCUUCCUCCUCACAACUCUUUACUCGAAUAUGGAUUUUUCCUCCCUUUUGAACAAAAAUAAAAGUUCUGUGAUUAAAAGAAA